AUGUCCAAUGCUCUUAGUGUUAGCAUCUUUGUAAUGCUGUUGUACAUUUAUGUGGCGCAUGCUCAGCGUAAUGUCACCAUUAUGGUCUACGGAAUGUCGUCAGCGCCGUUUCUUCAAGCACUGGCUUUCACUGCAGCCGGCUUUGAUUGGGGAUUGCGCGACGCAGAACAGCAGCAUCCUGGCAUGUUUAACAUCAGUCUGGAAUACAUCACAUCCAAGAAAAUAGCAGUGUGCGCGGAUUUCGACGGGCACUACCAACUUGUUGCGGAGUAUUAUUAUAAAAAAUGCCUAAAUAAUACACAAGUGUGCGCGCUUUUUUACCCAGGCUGCAACCCGACGACUACACUGGCCAGUCUUGGAAGAGAAUGGAACAUAUUUACGCUGAAUUCUGGAACGACCUUUUCGCAUCUGCAUGACCACACCCUAUACCCAACCGCCAUCGACUUUGCGCCCCUCCAGUAUGUUCCUUAUGGUGCAAUGGUAUUGCGCUUACUGCAGUCUUAUAACUGGACAUCCGUCGCCAUGGUUUAUGAUAACUCCACCGCGAAGCCUUUCAACGCUAUGGUGUAUCAUGAAGUGGAAAAGUAUCUGCGGUUGAAAGGAAAGGGUAUUCGUUUUUAUUCUGUCGUGGUUAACAGCACGGGCCUCAUCAACUAUGACUGGGUGGUUUCGCAAAUUUCGCAGGUCGCUCGCGUUGUUUUAAUAAGCCUACCCACUGGCACGGCCAGAAAUCUCUCGCCCUCACCUUUAGUUGUGGCCGCGUACACGUCAGUUCUGCUGUACUUCCAAGCUCUACAGGAAACCGUCAGCGCAGACGGGAAUAUUCGUGACGGGCGAACCGUUGCCCAAGCGCUCCUGAACCGGUCCUUUUCCUUUUCCCCUGUGGGAAAGGUGUUUUUGAAUGAAUACGGUGAACGACAGGACAGUGUCUGUUUAGCGAAUUUCCAGUCCAACAUUCGCGCAUUUGAGAAUGUCGCCCGUUACGUUAGUGCAGAAGGGAAACUAAUGUUUAUUGCCAAUCGGUCAGUUGACUGGGGAAGCGCGGACAACCUACCGCCUAGAAAUAUGCCGGUAUGCGGGUAUGGAAACGAUUUAUGUCAAGGAUUCCGUGUCGCCGUGCCGUUAGGCGCGUUUUUUGGAGUAGUGGUGAUCGCUUUUGUAUUCACCGGGUUCUACAUUAGAAGAAUGAAAGCGAGUUAUCAAGAAAGCGACUGGUGGCAUAUCGACCUACAGAAGCUGGAGAAGCCGUUGCAGCACUCUAAUUUUCUGCGUCGCUUGGCAAACACCACCCAGAAUAUUAACCGAUUAAUCGGCAUCUCCGUACAACCGGCCACAAUCACAUUCGUAAAAAGCUGUUGCCAACGAGGCGGACUGGACACGUUGUUGGAUGAGUUCCUCGUGGAUAACAGUUUAAAAAUUUCCCUAAUAUGGGAUGUUAUCAAAGGCUUAUCGUACAUUCAUCGGUCCAGCAUCCAACGCCACGGCCAUCUCCGUCCAUCAAAAUGCCUCGUGGAUAAAAGCUUUAUUGCACAAAUAACCGAAGUCGGAAUGUAUGACCUUUUGUCGGAAUCCAGGAGUGCGCCCCGAUUGUCGAAAUCAUUCGAUAGCUACGGGACAGAAUUUACUAAUAACUUUGUGCCGCCUGAGUACCGACACGUCUGCGAUACGUUUGCGCAGUUAUCCGUAAUGGCGAAACCAGCUGCCGACAUUUACGCUCUCGGUGGAGUGAUACUACGCGGCGGCAACAACGGAGAAUACAGUAUGGAGCGUUGUCCAGAGUUGUCGAACGAGAAAUCCAGCGCAUCGCAUGCCAAUUGA